AUGGCGACACCAGCGCCAGCGCCCGAACCAGAACGAUACAACUAUCCAUGGGCUACGUCCCCAGACAUUAUUCGAGCGCACCAGAAAGAUGCCUACAUGACAGGCACAAUCUCUACACAAUUGAGCACUGUCCUACGCGAACUGCUGGGUGCACGUUUCGCUCACAAAUACAGCACCACAACAACACAUCUUUCAGAAUUGCUCUACCUCUGCAUGACGACCCUGCUCGGAAACCGGACGUUGGGUGAGGAGUAUUGCGAUGUAAUACAGGUCGAAGCCGAUACUCUGCGUUUGGCGGGUCUGGUCAGGAGAGUCGGCUAUAUCGCAAGUGUUGUCUUCUCUCCCUGGAUCCUGUCGAAGUCGCUACCAGCAUUAAGACGAAAGUUGAGAGCGAAGCUAGAAAGAAACACAACUAGGGAACGACACAAACUAGAGCAACGGCAGGCUUACUCAGACAAGACGAUACCAUCACCUUUAUCUUUACGUUUUCAAGAGUAUAUACUCGAGCACAUUGACGCUCUGACCUCACUAUCACCCAUUUAUGCUGUGUCCCUAGCAGCCUUCUAUUUCACUUCAUCCUACUACCACAUAUCAAAGCGCAUUUUCCAGCUCAAGUACAUCUUCACAAAGAAAAUCGCUCCGAACGAGCAACGCGUCGGUUACGAAGUUCUCGGUCUCUUACUCGUUCUCCAAAUGGCCGUCCAAGCCACACUGCACAUUCGAGAAACUCUCUUUUCCACUUCGCCAGACGAGGCAGACAAGUCCAUACACGCCAAAUCCUCACAAGCCGUCCAAGUAGGUGGUGGUGUCGAGCUCGGCAUGGGCGGAGAUCAUCUCCUCCUGUCAGACCUCGAUCUACACUCAGCCACCCACCGUCCCAAUCCUACCACAUUUGAGAGAAACACAAAUACACCGAUGGUGGAUUCUAACGAAAAUCCACACUUUCAACUCGAUGACCCAGAGGUCAUGGCCUGGAUUCCUGAAGGUCAACAGAGGAAAUGUACCUUGUGUCUGGAGCCGUUCAAAGACCCAAGUGUGACUACUUGUGGUCAUGUCUUUUGCUGGACAUGUGUUCAGGAUUGGGUGAGGGAGAAACCCGAGUGUCCGCUAUGUCGUACGGCUAUUCCUGGUAACAAGGUGCUGCCGCUGAGGGGUUAG